UUAAAAUUUUUAAAUUGGCUCAACUUUUUUUCUUUUUCUUUUUUUACAGUGUAUCCCUUUAAUAAGAACAUAGCAAAACGUUUAGAAUAAACAUUUUGUUAGCAGAAAAAACUGUAAAAGAAAGCUUUUUUAACAAACGUACUAGGCCAUAUAGCCUAUGAAAUUGCGUAUAAAUUAACAUUCCCUACAGGCUAACAAUUUACUAAAGGAAAAAGCACCUGUUCCUCCUAAAUAAGGCACACGCAUGAAUACAUUAUUAGUAUGAUGCAGGGUGGUGACUCAGUAGCUGUCCCCUCACAGCAAGAAAGUCCCCGUUUAGUCACCGCUGGGCAUUCAUGUUUGUGCUCCAGCAUUCCCAGGCAAUUUGAACAAAACAAAAACAAAUGGAUGAAUGAAUUUUGUCCAUGUUGGUGAUUAUUAAGGGUAUAAUGACGUAAACCAGCUGAUCUCGAGUUGGAGGCUCUUUGACCCUGUACCCUGAUUGAUUGCUCGUGUCUCAGAUGUUGCGCGCAUCGGUGCCAGUGAUUCGGUGAUUUGAGCAGGUGGAGCUGCGCUGCUCUCCCUCGGCGCGUCAGUGCGUCACCAGCAGAGUCUCUCAAUUACCGGCGCUUGAAUCAGGUUCAUUAACACGAAUUAACAAAGUCCCGGUUAAUUCAGAAGAGACUGUCUCUCGAUUAAAUCUACAGCGUGAACUAAACACACGACGGAAUGCAAGAGCAUUUUCAUUUUGGAUUUAUUUGAACCGCAGCCAAUUAUUCCAUGACUCAUUCCGGUGAUUCUGUCAUCUCAGAAAUAAGAUGCUCUUCGGCUCAUAUAAAUAAGCCCACCGAUGUUCGAGCUGCACCGACAAGCGACUCUCAUAAACGAGGUCAUUUCCGGAGGACACGGACUGAGAUUACUGGGAGUUUGCAUCAAUGAAGCUGCACGUGCUACUCGCUGCUGUGUCUCUCGGUGUCUUCGUCUCGCUUUCUGGAUCCGCUCCCGGACACACGAACACGCAGCUGCCGGUGUUGAUGCGCUUAGGAGAGGAGUACUUCAUCAGACUGGACAACGCCGACCGGAGAUCACCGUCACGCACCGAGGCGCUUCAGCUGCAGCUCACGCAGCGGCUGUUAGGAGGUAAGCUCGGUCGUGUCGGUAACGGGAUCACGAACAGCCUCGAGGAGCGGGAGCGCCGGUCUGAGGAUCCGCCAAUUUCGCUGGAUCUGACUUUUCACCUGUUGCGCGAGGUGCUGCAGAUGGCGCGAGCCGAACAACUGGCCCAGCGCGUGAGCAACAACCGCAAGAUUAUGGACGAUUUAGGAAAAUAAUAGGCUACAUGACUUACACAAUUACAUUAUAUGUAUACGCAUAUGUUUUUAUGUUCAUU